CAGACGACCCCACACAGAAUCGACUCCUGCAACGCACGGAAGUGACGUCACUAAAUGUCAACGUCACAUGCACGCGUAUUUCCGUUUUUCGAGGGCGCGUGGUUUGAUUGUUUGUUCGCACGUGACAUUCAGUACGCAUCCCGUCAGCCGCGCUUGCGGGUCGUGCUUUUCUGCUGCCGCUGGUGCUGGACCCAAGGCCUGGUUCUGCUGCAUUCUCGCAAGCCUUUGACAUCAUCCUUUUAUAUGCGCGAAAGCUGCUUUGCAGGGUUAUCUUAUAUUUGCUAGCGUUAUAUAUAUCUAUUCUAAUAAGUAUUUUGAUGGUAUUUUGAUUGUGUUAGUCGCGUAUUUGCCGAUCUUGCUGUCCUUGUUCGCGACCUCUUGCUUUGUUCAACCCUAGCGCGGAUUUCCCUGAUUCAACGUAUAUAUAGUGCUGACUAGAAGGUAGCAUCCUUUCGUUUGUGAAAAAGCUCAGAUUUAUUUUCUCGCAGUCUUUCUUUUUCUUCUAGGUGUCAUUUUAGAUUGCACUGCUUGCAACAUGACACGUGUUUUGGUUGCCGGUGACUCGAUGGUGAAAUACGCGGACCAGUAUUUCCCAUCGCGUCGUAGUUUGUCAGUCAGUGUUGCCGCGCAUAGAGGAGUAAGGAUUGAGCAUUUGCUGUCAAUGAUUGCUGACAAGCUAGCUGGUUUUGAUGUUGUCAUUGUGCACGUUGGCACUAACAACACUGUUGACAGUGUCAGCGUGUGCAUGGACAAGUAUCGCCAGCUCGCUCAGGGGAUCAUUGAGAGAAAUCCCAUGGUGCAUGUAGCUUUUUCUGCCAUUCUUCCUCGGGGGCAGAAUCAGUACAGCUCAUGGGAAGCUCAGUCCUCAUGGUUGCAUGACCUGAAUGGUAACUACAAAAGGAUUAACAGUGCCCUGAUGCAGUACUGCCACGAGUGCGGCUACACAUUCCUGGGUGGUCUCGUGGACAACUGGCCCAGUUGCCUGAGCAGAGAUGGUGUCCACCCGAGCCGCUUUGGUAACAAGGUGCUGGCAGACUUCCUGUACCAGGGGGCCUGCACCCUGUCCAUCCAUCUGGAGAGAAGCCGCAUCCAGCAGUCCUACAAGGAGACCCAGGCACCUUCUUCAUGGACCAGUUGGACUCGGCAGGACAGCAUCCCUGCCAUCUCCGAGGCUGACUUUCCCCCGCUUGAGGCACGGCACCAACCAGCCUACCAGAACCCUUCAAGGUGCUGGAUUUUCACUUGUUGGCGGUGUCCGUGUCCGUUGCAAGGGAAGCAAGGCUUGGUUCACCUGGGACAGCCUGCCUUCCCCCACUUUCCAUGGCACAAGUGUACCAAGUAGGGGAAAAGCCGAGGGGAGGUCUGCUGAGCCAAUGAUCCCUGGUCGAGGUGCAAGCACCACUUGUGUCUGGAAAACUAGGAGAGCCACACAAAAGCAUGAGAGUGCUCCUGUUGUGUGCUCACCUGUGGGGGAAGGAGAGGCCAGUGCUCAAGAAGCAGCUGUGCCAGAGGCUGUCUCCCACUGUGGCGACAGGGAGUGGAAAGUGGUAGUAUCGAGGAGGAGGCGGAAGGCUGCAGCACUGCACAAGCAAGAAUGGAGCUGUGACCUGGCUGCAGACAGGAAAGGCAAAGUUCUUGCUGUGACAGCUGCCAAGUUCUUGAAGUUCGCUUCACCUUUGAAAGCAGUUGUUAGCCAGAAACAGACAUGCAUUAACAGUAUAAAGUCUGAGUCUGCUCCUUCUGCUGUCUCUGGUAGCAAGCUUGAAGGACAAGCCAGUGCCCCUCAUGACGCCAUUUGUGAUAGUUUUGGCAAGGUGCAGCAUGUGGCUAGCAGGCAGAAUAAAGACUGCUUGGUAGUUGCUAUGGCUGAGUGCAGACCUGUCAUAAAUGGUGUUCCAAAUGAGGUCAUUGUCUGCAAAUGCUGUAGGUCAGAAACAAUGCAAGACGGAGGGCAGAUGACGAGCAAUCCUGGCACAGAGGCUGGUGACCUUGACAAAGCUGCGUACAUUGCUCCCACGCGACGUAGGUGUUGUGAGGCUGCUUUGACAUCCAGCUGCAGGCCUGCCAGCUCUGAUGCCCAGGCUGUUUGUGAAGGAGCUGGUGCUAACACAACCAGAGUUCCUAACACUGUCACUUUAUUGCAUGGUGGAGGCAGCAAAGUUUAUUUAAAUGCAACAUUUGAUAAUUUUAUUUCUUUCAGGCAAAGCUUUGAUGAAUGGUGCAGGGAGGGCAAGCACAUAGUCACAAUAAGUAGGUCUCAUAGAAGUCCAUUUGCAACAGAAUCUAAAGAGUUUGAGUAUAUUAGGAUUUCAUAUAGCUGUGUUCAUGGUCGUGCUAUAAAACCAAGAGGCACAGGAAAGCGACCCAAGCAAGCAUACAAUGGUACUGGUUGUGAAAUGGCAGUUUCAGUAAGCCUGUGCAAAUCACCUACUCUUCACUACAAAAUAACCAAGCUGCAAGCUAAGCAUAAUCACGCCACGAAGUAUUAUGACUUGUAUCCUCAAAGCAGGCUUCUAAACGAUGCAGAGAAGGUAGAAUUCUUUGAUUUUGCCAAAUGUAAUAUUGGCCCAAAGUAUUUUAAAAGUUUGGUCGAACAGAAAACGGGCAAGAAAUUAACUACAAAAGAUGUUAACAAUUACAAGCAAAGGUUUUCUAUUCCUAUUCGCAACGAGCAGGCUCACGGAGAAAUGGUUUUGGAAAAAAUAGACACCUUGUUAGCAAAUAAUCCAAACUGGGUCAUUCACUAUGAAAAGAAUCAAAGUAAUAACCUGCAAUUUGUGUUACUUCAGACAACGCACAUGCGUGAGAUUUUGGAAAAGUACCCAGAGAUUUUAUUUAUUGAUGGAACAUAUAAAGUAAACAUUGAAGGCUAUAUCUUGUACUCUAUAUUGGUUGAAGAUGGUGGAGGUCGUGGGAGACCUGUGUGUUAUGCCUUUUUGCAGAAUGAAACGACUGAAAUUGUGCAGGCUAUGUUUGCCAAGUUUGCAGAGUUUAACCCGUUCAUUGUAUCUGCUUGCAGAGUAGUCAUGAUAGAUAAAGACAUGAACGAGCUACGCAUUUUGACCAAGAUUCUUCCUAAUUCUGAAAUUUUGUUGUGUACAUGACAUGUGCUGCAAUGCUUUCAGCAAAAAGUCAAUGAGAAAGCUAGACUGCAGCGUGAUCAGUUACUCCCUCUGUUAAAAAAAAUUGUUUAUUCCUUCACUGUGCAGGACUACUUAGACAGGCUUGCUGAGCUCGAAGCUAUGGCGUCUAAAGAUUUUAUUUCUUAUUGC